UCUUUCACGGUUUCACCUCUCCUUUAUUCUCUUUCUUACUCCACUAAAAUUUCAACAACACAAAGAAAAUCAAAAAAUCAAAAAUUCCAUCGCCCUCCAUAACUCCCUCUAUAAAUUGAGCGAAAACGCAUAUGUUAAAAACCCAACAAUUCUUACCCCCUCUCCUCAAAAACCCAUCAACUCCCUCUCCAAAACCCAUCUCUCAUAUUCCAUCAUCUCAUCAAAACCCAUUUCUUAAAAAGCCAAGAACUCUGAAAUCCUCACACAUCACCCAAUACACCAUUUUUGAAAAAAAAAAAAAAAACCAGAGAUAUGAAAGAGUACUGGACCUCCCUGGCCUCCCUUCUAGGAGUGUUGGCCUUCUGCCAGAGCCUCCUCCAAACCGUGUUCCCGCCGGAGCUCCGGUUCGCUUUUCUGAAACUGGCCAGCAAAAUCUUCCACUGGUUCUCCUCCUACUACUACUUCGACAUCACCGAGAUCGACGGCGUGAACACCAACGAGCUCUACAACGCCGUCCAGCUCUACCUGAGCGCCACCGUCUCCAUCACCGGCACGCGCCUCAGCCUCACGCGCGCCCUCAACUCCUCCGCCAUCACCUUCGGCCUCUCCAACAACGACUGCAUGGUCGACACCUUCAACGGUGUCACGGUCCUCUGGGAGCACGUGGUCACCCAGAGACAGAACCAGACCUUCUCCUGGCGGCCAUUGCCGGAAGAGAAGCGAGGCUUCACAUUGCGAAUCAAGAAGAAAGACAAGUUCUUGAUCCUCAACUCCUACUUGGACUUCAUCAUGGACAAGGCCAAUGACAUCCGCCGCAAGAAUCAAGACAGGCUCUUGUACACGAACUCACGAGGUGGGUCGUUGGAUUCUCGAGGCCAUCCUUGGGAAUCUGUGCCGUUCAAGCACCCAAGCACAUUCGACACGUUGGCUAUGGACCCAAAAGUGAAGCAGGAGAUUAUGGAUGAUUUGAAAGACUUCGCCAAUGGACAGAGCUUUUAUCAGAAAACUGGGCGGGCUUGGAAAAGAGGGUAUCUUUUGUACGGCCCACCCGGUACUGGAAAAUCAAGCAUGAUUGCUGCAAUGGCCAAUUUUCUGGGGUAUGAUAUCUAUGAUCUAGAGCUCACUGAGGUUCACACCAACUCCGAGCUGAGGAAGUUGCUGAUGAAGACUAGUUCCAAGUCGAUUAUUGUGAUUGAGGAUAUAGAUUGCUCCAUCACUUUGACUAAUAGGAAGAAGAACAAUGGUGGUGGUGGUGGUGGUGGUGCAGCUAUGAGGACUUACUAUGAUUCGCCGGAAAUGAGAGGCGUUUCAGGGGAGGAGGGUGGUGGGAAUUCGAUUACGCUUUCGGGGUUGUUGAAUUUUACUGAUGGGUUGUGGUCUUGUUGUGGGAGUGAGAGGAUUUUCGUGUUUACGACGAAUCAUAUUGAGAAGUUAGACCCUGCAUUGCUGAGGAGUGGUAGGAUGGAUAUGCAUAUAUUCAUGAGUCACUGUUCGUUCCCAGCGUUGAAGAUUCUGUUGAAGAAUUACUUGGGAUUUCAGGAGGGUGAUUUGGAUGAGGAGAUUGCGAAAGAGUUUGAAGAGGUUUUGGACAAGGCUGGGAUGACUCCGGCUGAUGUGAGUGAGGCUUUGAUCAAGAAUAGGCGCGAUAAGGAUAAGGCGGUGAGGGAAUUGUUGGAGGUGUUGAAGGUGAAGGCAGAGAAUAAGAACAAGAAGAGCAAUGCAGGUUCAGCUGAAGAGGAAGAGGAGGAGCAGGAGAAGAGGGCAUUGGAGAGUCCUAAAGUUGAAGGGUGUGACCUUGAGGAGGAGGACAACAGCUGCAAGAAAGGUGAUGGAGAUGAUGAUGAGGAUCAGAAGCAAGAUGAUGCGAAAAUAGAAAAAUGACGGAUCUUUAGGUUUCUUUAGUUUUAUUGCUUUUGUAUUUUGGCGAAGUGCAGAGAGAAAGAAGAUGAUCAUUGCAUUUGGGAGUAUUGGAUUGUGUUUUUGUGGGCUUGGGAUGAGGAAAAAAGUUUAAAGCUUUUCUAUAGAUCCAAUUCUAACAUGUUAUUGAAAUUAAAAACUUUGUCCUAGUUGUUUGCAUAAUGAAAUCAAAAUCCAUUUAACUUGCAGCCA